AUGGAGGAACACGCAGACGCUACCAAAUUGGGAUCAUCCAUGUCGUCCUGCUUGCCCUUGCUCGUCUUCCAACACCGUCAUCACGGCCAAGAGGACGUUGACAACGAGAUGCUAAUGUUCAGCAUAUCCAAGCAAAGCCUGCACAAGAACAUGGAGCAUGGCCUUCUAGCCGUAGGAAACAGCAGCAUGUGCUGGACCACUCCCCAAGGCUGGAUACUCCUGGCCCGCGCCCGGGACCAUGACGCGGCGGUCUCUUCAGCUUGCCUAUGGAACCCUAGCACCGGCGACAAGCUUCCGUUACCAGAUAUCAUCACAGAGGAGCAUGAAAUCCCAUACCACAACAGGUGCAUGCUCUCCCACAAGGACCCAACUCAUCCAGGAUGUGUCGUCGUGCUCUUCAGUUAUGAAACGCCUGAUUUCUGGUAUUGUCACACCGCUGGUGACGGCGGCGAGAACAACAGCAUCAGUUGGAGACAUCACUCCUACGACAUCGGUAACUGUGCUUCUGUCCCCAAGCCACCAAAGGGAAAGAAGGCACGUCGUAGUAUCCGUCCUAUCAAGAGAGUCAUCUUCCUAAUGGCUUCCUUCCAAGGAAAAAUCUACUUCAGCCAAUCGUCGUCUAAAGACAAUAUGUGUGCCAUAGAUUUCUCAUCCUGCACUUCCACGACAAAUCACAACCGCCCUAGGUUCCAAAAGUUCAACUUCCCUUUCGUCGACCUCCCCAAAGAACUGUCCUCAGGCAAAAAGUGGUUGGUUGAGUCGCAAGAUCAACUCUUUGCAGUCACCAUGGGCUUCAUUGCCUUCAAUCCAAACAAUAUUGGCGCCAUAGAGGUGUAUAGGAUGGAUUCCUCCUCCUCAACACAAGACCGUUGGCGCAGGGUGCAUGACAUUGGAGAUGUUGUGUUUCUCUUGGAGGAGGAUGCAAACACGGCGGCUUCUUGCUCGGCGAGCAUUUUGGGACUGAAAGCAAACCAGAUAUUCUUCAUGAAGAAUAUCAUCGAUGAUGAUGCUGACUUGUGCAUUUUUGACUUGGAAACAAACACUCAAGAGAUUACCCAGGUCCACCAUCACGACGACUUGAUUCUCUGCCGCAAACCUUUCUGGAUUGUGCCACCUAGCUAA